AAAACAAGGGUUUGUUUUGUUUAAUGAUAGCGUUCAUCCGUUUUGGGGGCUUUUUUUUUCAUUUAACCAAAGGGGUUCUUCAUUUUACUCUGUUUUUUGGGGGCUUUUGUGCGUAGGAACGGUGGAAAUGGAGUUUUCUUUAUAUGGGGUCCUCUAAUUGAGAGAACCCAUAUGAAAAUUUGAGCUAAGGGGAUGAAAUUUGGCAAUAUUCUGGCGUGCAAACGGACAAAGCCUGUGAGGUAGCGAGCAAGCCAGAGAAGUCAAAGUAACGCACAAAAAGUUCACACUAGCGUGUAUUAUCCCACUCUCCAAAGUAGAAUAAAAAGGAAGGAGAUCAAAAAGUCUUUUGGCUUUAUUUUGCCUUAUCUUUGAAGAGAAUCAUAUGUUAUUAUUACCAUAUUGGCGUCCUUCAAGGCGUGCCUAUCCCGAUAUCCCGAUACCUUCAUAUAAAAACACUCUUUCUCGCCCCCAAAAUUGAGUUUGGGGCCUUUUGGGUUGGUGGGUCUUGCGGGAAAAGGGCUACGAAUCAUCUAUAUUUUUAUUUCUUCGAGUUUUGAAGGAAGGUUUCAGGGUGGGUUUUCGAGAUCGGUGGGUAAAGUAGUGUAAGUUCAAAGUCAAGGAGUCUUUGGUGGGGAUUGAAGCUGUUGGGAUUGGCGUGGGAGGAGAAUAGGGAAAUGGGUUCCUAUGGAAGGCUUGCGAGAAGGGCAUUGGAGACCGAGAUGCCCAUCAUGGUUAAGAUUCAAGAACUUGUCCGAGGAAGUACAAAUGUUUUGUCCCUUGCACAGGGCGUGGUCUAUUGGCAACCUCCAAAACAGGCAUUGACGAAGGCUGCAGAACUUGUUUGGGAGCCUUCAGUCAGUCGCUAUGGGGCUGAUGAAGGUAUCCCUGAGCUGAGAGAGGCGCUGACAAGAAAGUUGCAUCAGGAAAAUAAACUGUACAAGUCCUCUGUGAUGGUUACAGCCGGUGCAAAUCAGGCAUUCGUGAAUCUUGUUCUUACAUUGUGUGAUGCUGGGGACUCUGUGGUUAUGUUUGCUCCAUAUUACUUCAAUGCCUACAUGUCUUUCCAAAUGACUGGCGUCACGAAUAUAUUGGUCGGUCCUGGUGACCCGAAAACACUUUAUCCAGAUGCAGACUGGUUAGAAAAAACAUUGUCUGAAGCCAAACCGACCCCUAAACUCGUCACUGUCGUUAAUCCCGGGAACCCAUCUGGCACCUAUAUUCCGGAGCCUCUUCUCAAGAGAUUAGCAGAGCUUUGCCAAAAGGCUGGAUCUUGGCUUGUUGUGGAUAAUACCUAUGAGUACUUCAUGUUCGAUGGCUUAAAACACUCUUGUGUCGAAGGGAAUCAUGUCGUCAAUAUAUUCUCCUUUUCGAAAGCCUAUGGAAUGAUGGGAUGGAGAAUUGGAUACAUAGCAUACCCUACAGAAGUUGAAGGGUUUGGAGCCCAACUUCUAAAAGUUCAGGACAACAUUCCCAUCUGUGCUUCAAUAUUAUCACAGCAUCUUGCUCUAAACUCCCUGAAGUUAGGCCCAGAGUGGGUAACAGAGCAAGUAAAAGAGCUUGUCAAGUGCAGAGAUAUCAUUCUACAAGCACUCACCCCUCUAGGACAAGGCGCUGUAAAAGGAGGGGAAGGUGCCAUAUACCUCUGGGCUAAGCUUCCCGACAAGUUCAUCGACGAUCAUCAAGUCGUUCUUUGGCUCGCUCGACGACAUGGGAUUGUCGUGAUCCCUGGUUCUGCUUGUGGGUCGCCGGGGAAUGUCAGGAUCUCGUUCGGAGGUUUGAUGGAGGACGAUUGCCGCGCUGCUGCUGAGAGGUUGAGGAAAGGUUUGGAAGAGUUGUGCAGUGCUGGAAUGAUACAGUGAUGAGAUGAAGACACCAAAGUUGAUUACUUUCUGCAUUUGAAUUAAUAUUUAAAAAAAAAAAAAGAAUUGUGUAAUAAUAUUUAUUGAAAUGUUGACACAAAACCCCCCCAUCACAUUCUCAUGACUUUUGUUUAUAUAAAGUUGUCUUCGCUCCCUCCCUUUUUCAA